AUGCAUUACCUUGCACUCGCUGUGAUUUUUGGACUUGGGUCUUCGGCCAAUGGUCAUCCUUCCAUCAAACUUCAAGAAGACGACAUCGUACUAAUUUCAGAACAACUCCCAUAUUUUGAAGGAAAUCCUGAAGGCCGUGUUGUAAAAUCAUGGUCAGAAUAUUACUGGAAGGGAAGAACGUUGGUCUACAGUUUUGCCGGAGGAUUUUCUUCCUUGGAUAUUGCUAGUAUUGAAAGUGCCAUGGCAGAAAUAUCAUCGAAAACCUGUGUGAAAUUUCGCCGUACAGAAUACAAGAGGGAGCCACAAGUAGUUAUACAAAAAGAGGGUUCAGGAUGCUGGUCGUAUGUAGGAUAUUUGGGAAGGACAGAUCAGGCCCUCAAUCUAGGCAGUGGUUGUAUGUCCAGUAGGACUAUUCAGCAUGAACUUCUUCACGCCUUAGGCUUCUUUCACACACACAGCGAUCCGCAGCGGGAUAAAUAUGUGAGGAUUCAAACCGAUAACAUCAGAUCCGGUCAUGAACAUAACUUUCAAAGGCUUCGGGCCAAUGGAGUGACAAAUUAUGGCCUUGGCUACGACUACGACAGCAUCAUGCACUAUGGUCCAUUUGCUUUCUCCAAGAACGGAAAGUCGACAAUAGUUCCUUUGAGAUCCCAAGCAAAAAUCGGCCAGGCGACGCAAAUGAGUCCGAAGGAUGUGCAAACACUGAAACGCAUGUACUGCUAA